AUGCUGUUACGUAAGGUUCAUGCGAAAUCAAAUGGAUGGAAACCCUCGGCAUUCAAAUACACUGAUCAUUCGGAAUUAACCAGGAGAUAUGCCUUUCGAUCUGAAGAUUUGGAAAUGUUUGAUCUAAGGAAUGUAUUUAAAAGUAUUUGUUCAAGAAUGCUUUACACAAUGUGUUUAUAUUUAUUCGUGUUCGGUUUUUUCCUUGGUUACAUGAAAUUAUUGUUCUAUUUUUCUAUAAUGAAUGAUUAUCCCAGAUUAACAGGGAACAACAGCCUCCUCAGAAUGAAUCCUGGUGUAUCAGUUGUUCCAACUCCCAGUGAUCGAACCAGCUUGGUACAUGUUCGCCCCUCCAAUCCUGUCUCCUACUCAUCGCUGGUAGAUGAAAUGACAGCAUACCUGAGUUACUAUCAAUAUCACUUUACUGGAGGCAUGUUUGCAAAUUGCGAAGAUUUGCGUGGAUACUUGAAUCCACGACGUUCUUGUCGCUACAACCUAGAUUUGAAUCGCAUCUAUGGAUGGUUACCCGAUCCCGUUCCGAAUGCGACCGGAGUUCAAGUGAAAUGUGAAGGUCUGACCCAAGUGGAUGCGGACCAUUUGGGCACGAUAUGUUACUACGAUAUGGACUCGCUGAAAGCAUACGGAUCUGGGCAGUCGGAUAAAGAAUGGUGUCGCCGAGAUCAUGGCAUCUUUAACUCAGUGUUUUAUCCAUUCAUCAAUCAAGGCAACUAUCAGGCCCCGCUGGUGUUUGUACAGUUUCGGAAUCCAAAACGACAUGUUGUUAUUUGGAUCAAGUGUUACGCGAUUGCAAAAAACAUUCGUGUCGAUGUGAAUAGAAACGAAGGUUCUGUUGUCUUUCAAUUGCUUGUGGAUUAA